UAUCCAUGUUAUUCUUAUUCUUAUUUAAUUUCCAUUAUGCAGGCCGUGACGAUUCAUGAGCGAUGCAAAGUUUUCAAGGGUGAAAGCACCGAUUCAUCUAAAUUGCUGUUUUCUGUGAGAAAAACCAAUAAAUCGAUUCCACCUGGGAUUGCUAAAUUGAAUGUGUUCCUCGCAAACAAUCAAGACAAAAAAGAAAGCGACUUUAGAGUCAUCAUUUAUGGAAGUAAAAAUUCUUGCACAGUUUAUGCCGGUGAAUCUCCUACCAUUGUAGCCAAAGUUGAGAAUAAUGGUGGCUUCAAAGUCUCGGUCUGUACCAACGUGGACUACGCAUUCAUAGUAGCACUACUUAUGAUUGUUAAGGAUAUGAAAUGCUCUAAUGGGUCCACAGAUAGUACACAAAACACUAGUACUGCCAUGAAAUUGAUUUCAGCAUCCUUGUCGCUCGGAAGCCAGUAAAUGAA